AUGUAUUUAUCACUGGAAGAAGAAGAAGAAGAAGAUGUAAUUCAUAUAUACAAGGACUUUUUUCAGGUGUUGCGCUUGGUGCUGCGAGGAUUGGAUUUCUUGGAUCCCUUGGACUUGCGGAAAACGCCGCAAAAUCCACAAGCGGAGACCUUGGGAGAAGGUGGGUCAAAGGUCGGCUCGACCCCCAUGGUUCGGAACCCUCGGCCACCGCCGUUCGAUAAGCUGCGCUCCAUCAUUCCGGUGGAUCCGACGCUGCGGGACUGCCUCAGUUCUGGGCCCUCCCUGUUCUUGUCGUUGCCACCCUUGCCUUGGUUCAGGUUACCUGAGAACCUCUCCUCCCAUACCAACCCAGAUGACCCUGACCUCCUAAAUGUCUCCGUAGAUCUCUGCAGACCAGCCAUACUUGAAACUUGAAAGCAGCUUCCCACUGAUUUGAUUGACUAUUAAAUGCCUGCAGUUGUUCUAUAUGCGCACAAGCCACAUACUCAUGGUCAUAGGUGAUAAUAAUAUAUAUGAUAAUGCCAUAUUUAACUCUAGAUUACAUACGAAAUACAUACAAACACACACAGGUGCACUUCACUGACGGACAGAUGAGAAACACACACUACUGUAUCAUCAGUAGGGACGGAGCUUGAAGUAGGCGAAGUAGAUGAGAAAUCUCCGAUCCUCUUGGAGACUCAACCCAACAGGGACGGGGAUUCCCUAAUUCCCCCCUAUAUGGGAAUGGAGACAAUGUCAAUCCGUCCCUAUUUCCUAAAUGGAGAUGGGGCGAGGAAUGUCCUCCCUGCCCUGCAGAGAUUCCCGACCCGAUAAAA